CAAAGAAUGGCCAAAACAUACGACUAUUUAUUCAAACUAUUGCUGAUCGGAGACUCAGGAGUGGGGAAGACAUGCAUACUCUUCAGGUUCAGCGAAGACGCCUUCAACACCACUUUCAUCUCAACCAUCGGUAUUGACUUUAAGAUCCGAACCAUUGAAUUGGACGGCAAGAAGAUUAAGCUCCAGAUAUGGGACACCGCGGGUCAGGAGCGGUUCCGUACGAUCACCACCGCGUACUACAGGGGCGCGAUGGGCAUUAUGCUCGUCUAUGACGUGACCAAUGAUAAGUCGUUUGAAAACAUCAAGAACUGGAUCCGCAAUAUCGAAGAGCACGCGUCCAGUGAUGUCGAGAAAAUGAUUUUGGGAAACAAGUGUGACGUUCACGACCGGAGACAAGUGUCCCGCGAAAGGGGCGAACAGUUGGCCAUUGAGUACGGCAUCAAAUUCAUGGAAACCAGCGCUAAGGCCAGUGUCAAUGUGGAGGAAGCCUUCUUCGCCUUAGCCAAGGAUAUCAAGACUAAAAUGGAGAAAAAACUGGAGGCGUCAAACCCCACGCGUGGAAGUCAUCACUUGCGGGCCAAUGAGCCGACGAGAAAGCCGUCGAAAGUGUGGUUUUGUUCAAUACUCUGAAUAUAUAAUGUAUUUUUUGUAAUUUUAAUAUAUAUAUUAUUUUA